UACAUAAUCCUGCUGCUGUGAACUGAAAAGUGCCGUAUCACUGCACUAUCAACUUAAUACAUUUGCAAUUGUCUUGUUUUCCGGAUGUAGUGAAUCCAUUCUGACUAAAAUGGCACAAGCAUCGAGGGGAAAGGAUAUGACUGAUGAAAUGGAUGAUGAUUACUGGAAUGAAAAACCUGGAAAAAGGAGAAAUUUCUUUGACGAUAAACCAUUGUCUCCACCAACUGACUCAACUGAUGGAGGCAAAAAAGAGCCCCUCUCCUUUGAGCAAUCUAUGAAGGAUGCUGGCUUGGACAUUGACAAUGAGAGGACAAACUCUCUCAGCAUGGAUGGAGGAAUAACAAAAUUCAGCACAGGGAGAAGCCACGCAGCCAGCUUCAGCAGUGGAUCAUCCAAUACCAGCCGUCCAAACACCCUCCAGUCAGCCGAGGCACAUCAUCAACACCCAAGUACUCAUUAGGAUCCAACUCUGUUCCUGUGGUGUUAAAGACUUCAAGGAGCAGUAGUGUGGUGAUGGAGGGGAGUGGAAAGAGUUCCAGUGCCACGUCAUCAACCACCAGUAGCCCAGCAGCUACGGGUCCAGGGACUGAGGGGCUGUAUGUCCAUCGCAGAUCAGCCAGUGCAACGCUAGGUGAUAAGAAGAAUACAUCUCAGUCUUCUUCUCCUGGCUCAUCGCAUGGGAGUCACCAUGGUAGCACUGCAUCAAUUGAUGAAGCUACCAAGAAAGAUAAUAGACCAUCUGUGACAGAGGUUGCUAAGCUUCAAGCUGAGAUUAUUGCCCUGCAUAGAAAAAUCAAGAGUCUUGAGAAAUCGCGCUGGUCAGCUCUUCCAGUAGCGGACACUGUCAGUCGGAUCAUCACCGGUGAGAGAUACUCACUGGAACCUUACAAGUCACUCAAGGACAAGAUGUCUUUGCUCGAUGCUGCCAUCGGUUACCAUGACGGAAAUGCUAUCGUUGCAGUAGUGAUGUUCGUGAAGAAGACCCUUAGUAAAACUUUAUUUUACAAGGAGCUAAGCAAAAGACCAGCGGCUGUCAACCAAUACAUAGCAUUCCUCAAGUCUUACCAUACUAAGGAGGAAUCAGUUGCAGCGGAAUUAGGAGCACUGGGGAGAGUUGAAGAAGCUGCGCUGUGGAGGUACAAAUUAGCCAACCAGUCUGAUGUCCCACAACAAAGGCUCACCAGAAUAAUGGAUUGCAAUUCGAAGUGGUUCCAGCGAUCAGAAUCUUUGACUGCAGAACAUGACAUAAUCAAAGAACAGGUUCUACUUCUCAACAAACAACUCCAGAUUGAGCCCAGAGAUCAGAGGUAUCAACUGGAGGGGAAGUUUCCAUUCCGAGAGUUCCCCAGGAAGACAUCGUUAUACUUUCAACCAGUCAUCACAACUCUCUUCUAUUGCUGCCUCUAUCAUUACGCUAGUUCUGAGGCCGACAUGAGUAAUCCACAGACCCUGAAGAGAGAAUUCAACCUCUCUGAUAAACAGUACUUAUUCCAAGCGCUGCUGGCAAGGUCAAAACUCAAGGAUUGGAAUCAGGUGGAAUCGUUAUUAACAUCCAAAAACUGGCUAGGUAAAGCCAGGAUAAAAGCAGCAGUUAAUUUUAGCCAGGUUGUCUACAUCCUUAUAACUGUCAAGGCACCUACAGAGAUCAUUGCCAAGUACAUGAUGUUCAUUGAAGAUAAAGAGUCAAGAAUUGCCUUGGCAUCCAAAUUCAAGAUCCAUGCAGUCGUGAUAGAUACAUGUGCUCAGCUCAAAGAUCGUCAGCGUCUUCUGUCAUACAGGCCUCAAGUCAUCAACACACCAGCAGAUACUCACUUUGAAAUUGUCCUAAGAAACACGGAUCACAAAUGGAAGAAUUGAUCUUGGAGUGGACGUAUUAUGAUCUUCAACAAAGCCAACCCUUUUCCAUGAAAGGAAGUAUGCUGCAUGACUUGUCAUCAAUUUUUAUGAGAAGGUACUAUUUAAAAUAGAAAUUUAAAUUAACUAUAAUUAUAAAGAAUGUAAGACAUCUCAUGAAACAUUUCUAAAAUCUUGCAAUUUGUUGAUAAUUCAUGCAUGUAUUGUGCUUUCGUUUAGGAAAUCACAUGUAAAGCUUAGACAUGUUUGGAAUAGGGGACAUCUUUGUAGAAUUUCAAAGGUUAUCAAAUGCAAGAAAAUUUCUUCUGAAACACACCAAACACACCAAAGAAUAAUAAUUUUUGUACAUGAAUUUUCAAUUGUAUUCUUAUAUAUUUUAGAAGAUUUAUGCACUAUUCCCCCACAGAAUAUUCUUUUUUUUUAACAAGGAAAUGUUAAAUAGUUUAUUUCUGCAUUUUACUCAAAGAAAUUAUCAAUAUGAUUUUCAGACUGAUGUGAUGGCAUGUAUAUGGAAUAGAAAAUUCCUGUUAGAAAAGUUUACAGUAUACAAUACAUUCCCAUAGAUGUAUGAUUGUGUCCAGACUCUGAACAUUUACUGUGUGUGAAAUGGAAAAGAGUACAAUUUAUUCAACAAAAAUAGAGAUACAUGUCUAUAAUGCAUAGUACACAAAAAAUGAAUGAAGAUCACAUGGCAACCUGAUCAAAUUUUUCACUAAAUAUCAAAUACAACGUUAUAGAAUGAGAGGGUUGACUCAAAUCUUUUUUUGUUGUUUAGUGUUGCAAAUAAGUUGAAGAUACAUAGAAGUAUAACAUUAUAGAAGUGGUGUAGAGCCUAAUAAUUGCAUUUAUUGGAGGGCAUUCAAAUGUCUAUUUCUGUUUACCAAACAGAAUUUUUGGAGCAGAGUGCUUUGUUAGCCUGUCUAGGGACUUUGUCUACAUCAUGUAUUGUUUGAAGGGUGGUUAGUGGGAAGAGGGAAUGGUAUGCCAUUUUGUGUGUAUUGAUAUUGAUAUGAUCAUAGUUUCAAAAUUGUCUUUCAGUACUGUGUUGUCUGUGAGUGCUCGGAUUCCAAUGAAGGAGCUGAAAAGUGUAUAAAAUUUGUGGAUGUAGACAUAUGGACUAUGUUAUU